AUGGGAAUAUGGGCAAGCAGAGCGUGGCACCGACUGUUUGCAAGCGACCAAGAUUGCAAGAUUGUCAUUGUCGGGUUGAACAAUGCCGGCAAGACCACCAUUUUGUACAAUCUACAUCUUGGCCAGGUUGUUUUGACGCAGCCAACUAUUGGAAGCAACGUAGAAGAAGUCAAGCACGAAAACUUGACUUUUCAGGUUUGGGAUCUUGGUGGGCAGGAGAGUCUGCGAGCCAACUGGUCUACGUAUUUCGAGGAGGCUGACGCCAUUAUAUUUGUUGUUGACAGCAACGACCAGGAAAACAUGGUUCUGGCCAAGAUGGAGUUGUUCAAUGUCGUUCUGCACGAGGACCUGAAACAUGCUUGCCUUCUAGUUCUUGCCAACAAGCAGGAUAUCCAGGGCAGCCGCAAUGCUGGCCAGAUCGCACAAGACCUCUCGCUGCACAAGAUCCUGACCCACGAGUGGCAGAUUCAAAGUUGCUGUGCUUUGACGGGAGAAGGCCUUCGUGAGGGAAUGAGCUGGAUUGCUGGCAGGAUCCGAGCACACCGCAGCGGAGAGGCAUCGGGACCACGUUCGCAGCAAACUGUGAGCUAG